UGCUUCAGAUUGAGAGCGGCACAGUGUGGAAGCAGAUCUACAUGGAUCUGGGCAUCCCCAUCCUCAACUCGGCGGCGUCGUACAACGUGAAGACGGCGUACAAGAAGUACCUUUUCGGCUUCGAGGAGUACUGCCGCUCCGCCUGCAUCACCUUCAGGACCAUCCACCACAACAACCCGCGCUCCCCCAAACCGCACGGCGUUCCCAGGAUCGCCGCCGCUCCCAGGAGCGCCAGGGCCGAGUUCAGCGCGGCCGAGUACAAGGAGGAGGAGGAAGAGGAGGAGGACAAGGGCGCCGAGUCCGAGAGCGACAGCGACAAGGAAGAGCCCAAAGACAAGCAGACGUCCCCCAGGGGUAGGAGGCGAGGCGGCACGGCGGCGACCAAGGCGGAGCCGCCCAACAAGGGAGGAAGCGACAACGGCGACGAGCCCAGGGACGCGCGACGGCGCAGCAGCCGACGUCUGGACGGGUCCGACAGGGGCUCUGAGGACGACGAUGACGACGGCGACGACGAGGGGGAUGAGGAGGAGCAGGAUGAAGAUGACGAGGAGGAAGAGGAGGAGGAGGAGGAAGACGAUGACGACGAGCGGGAGAGGCGACUGGGAGCCAG